AUGAGCCAGCCCCGUCGCUCUAGCCUCGGUAUGCUUCUCAGACGCUCCAAGUCCGGCGACCUGGGGAAGGGCGGUAAGAAGGCCCAAGCCCUCAGGGAGCAGCAGGAACGCGACCUCGAACGUCAGCGGCAAGCCGCCAUCUCCAAAACCCCGCCUAAGCUGCCCGACUUCUACAAGCCCAAUGACCAGCUCUCCAACUCCAUUCCCGCCGACCUCCGCGCAGACGAAGCCUCCGUCAUGUCCGACCACACCAUCGGCACCGCCUAUUCCACCCGUCCCUCAAUGGACCCGGGCUUCACUGCUGGAGGCUACAUUCCUCCUGUCCCUCCCGUGCCUACCAGCAAUCCCGCCUACGAUCCUUACGCUCGCACCGAGAGCAUGACACACCGUGGUCGGUACAGCUACGCUAGCAGCGCCGUUAGCACCGUCAACAGCCCUAGAAGGGUUCGCAGAAGAAAGGAUCCCACUCCCUUCAACAUUCUUGUGAUUGGUACUCGUGGCGCAGGCAAAACAUCGUUCCUUGAAUUCCUCAAGACUGCUUUGGCCCUGCCGGCGAAGAAGCGGUCCCGAAAGACCGAGACAGAGGAAGACUCGACUCCUCGGGCCGCUGCUUCGGGCAACUACAUCCCUCACUACCUCGAGAGCGAGAUUGACGGCGAGCGAGUCGGCCUUACAAUUUGGGAUUCGGAAGGCCUGGAGAAGAAUGUUGUCGAUCUCCAGCUUAGGGAGAUGUCGGCCUUCUUGGAGAGCAAAUUCGAGGAGACUUUCACCGAGGAAAUGAAGGUGAUUCGAUCGCCCGGUGUACAGGAUACCCACAUUCACGCCGUCUUCAUGGUCCUUGACCCCGCUCGCCUGGAUCGCAACCUCGCGUCCAUUAAGGGAGUGUCAAACGGCCAGAAUGGCAAGUACGCACCUCCAACCCGUAUUUCCGGCGGCCUUGACGAGGACUUGGAUCUUCAAGUCCUUCGCACCCUCCAGGGCAAGACCACUGUUAUUCCGGUUAUUUCCAAGGCCGACACCAUCACAACGAAGCACAUGAAUGUUCUCAAGAAGACGGUUUGGGAUACCAUUAAGAAGGCUGGAAUGGACCCGCUUGAGCCCCUAGGCCUGGACGAAGAUGACAAUUCGACCAGAAUCGAUGAAGAGGAGGAAGGUGAAUCUGACUACGAGCACAGCGCUCACGGCGACGAGGAAUUGCCCAUUCAGGGUGGCGACGGCGCGCCGUCUUCUCCUUCAUCGAAACGCCUUUCGGCGGCCUCUAUCCGCCAGCACAAGGCGAAGCAGGAGACUAAGGAGGAUGAGAUUCCCUUCCUUCCUCUUUCCAUCAUCAGCCCCGACCUGUACGAGCCUGAAGUCAUGGGACGUCAGUUCCCCUGGGGUUUUGCCGACCCCUACAACGAGGAGCACUGCGACUUUACCAGGCUCAAGGACGCUGUCUUCAGCGAAUGGAGAGCUGAGCUCCGGGAAGCUAGCAGGGAGCAGUGGUACGAGGGCUGGCGUACAUCGCGACUCAAGAACAGCCCCAACGCUCGUCGGCGAUAG